AUGCUUCUCGACCUGCUUGACUACUCGACCGAGGAAGCAGGCGAUCGGUUGACGAUGGCCUAUCAACCUCCCGACCAUGGCGACGACGCCACCUACCGAGACCGCUAUGCCGUCGCAAUGAUCGCUGAGGAACUUGCGAUGGCCUGGACGCAGGGGCAUCCCGGAGAGGUGUGGGGCGCUCUCGUUACUGCGGCCAGCGAGGAGUGCGGGAAAGGUGACAAUGCAUGGGAAACGCUGCGCCCCCUGCGAGAAGCCAUCAAGAAGGGUCCACAGCAACAACGGGCGGACGAAGGUAUCGCCCUAACAGUGGCAAUCGCGCGGCUGCGCGAGCCGGGGCCCUUGCUUGCCGACAAUGGAAAAUACCAUGUCGUGGAAAGGCCCGAUCAUCGGCUUGAGAUUGUGGGGUUCGACAGCAAGCUUGAGAUACUGCUCGACGGGGAAACCGGCCUCCCCCUCAGCGCCAAGGUGCACACCGUGCCUGCCCGCUCUGCGGGGUGGGCGGCACGCUAUUCGACGCUGUCCUUUCCCGGCACGGUAACCCUGACUGCCGGCGACAAAGGGUUUUCAGGUUUUGAAGCAUUGCGCGAGGCGCUCGCGCGUCCCAAGGCGGCGACCGACGAGAUCGCGCCCUCGGUCCUUGCUUUGCCUCACCGCCCGGACACCGGUGGGGGCACUCGUUUUCCGGUCGCGCGGUUCUGGCAGGAAACCAUCACGGUCGAGGAAGACCUGCAGCCCGAGGUGACGUUGAGCGAGGCGGCCAAGGAAACCGGCGAGCGGUUUCGGAUAAUGCUUUCUUGCCAGGAGGUUGUCGACUGGGACGCCAUGGAAAUCGCGAAUGGCUCCGCCAUUAAGAUCACUUGGAAUGGCGAGCUGGUGGGCUUGGUUGACCAAGACCGCUCCAGACGUAACACCAUUGUCGUCCGGGAUGCGCGCAACUUUAGACGUCUGGCGGCAGGGGACACUUUACGCCUACAUGCUUCUGAUGACCUGUCGAGCUUCCGCCGUCGCUCUCAGGCCGUCGAACGCGUCCUUACGGGUCGAAGCCAGAUCGGCAAUUUGAUCAGCUAUUUCGACCCGGAAGCGCGGAUCGAACCACUACGCGUCGCGUCCGAGAUUCCGGAGGACGCGCUUGAGACCUAUGGACUUAAUGCAGAUCAGAGCGAAGCCAUGCAGCACCUCUGGCAGUUUGGCCCUGUCGGUUUGCUUCAGGGUCCGCCAGGCACGGGCAAGACCAAGUUCAUCGCCGCCUUCGUGCAUUGGGCGCUCAACGGCGGAAAGCUGAACAACGUUCUAGUUCUGUCGCAGUCCCACGAAGCGGUGAACACUGCAGCCGAGCGUGUUCUCGGCGUGUUCGGCAAACUUGGCGGUGACCUAGAUAUGCUAAGGGUCGGCCGCUAUGACAAGAUCUCACCGCAGCUCCGCAAGUAUCACUCCCAGGCAGUUCAGGACCGUUAUCGCGAGUUGUUUCGAGCGGACAUAACCGCCCGCAUAUCGGCCGUGGCAAAGCGCCUCGGCCUGCCCGCCGCAUUCGUUCGUGAGGGCCAGGAAGUCGAGGCGACAUAUGCCACGUUGGUGCGUCGCAUGUUCUACGCACGGCGCGACAUCGCUGAUAGUGCGACGGACGAUGUGGUGACCGCAGCCAGGCGAAGCUUGGGCGCACUUGAACAGGCCUUCUACAAGAUCCUCGACGCUGACGGUGUCGAGCGCGAAGGCACACCUGAGGAGAUUCUUGAGGAGUUGCGAGAGGAGGUCGCUCGCAGCCACAUGGUCAGUGACGUAGACGCGCAGGAACGCUUGACUGGCCUCAGCGCCAUGUCGCGAGACUGGAUCGCGGGACUAGGGGGUCGACACCGCAAUCUGGAAGAGUUUCUGGCAAGAAGCCGCAAUCUCGUCAGCGGGACCUGCGUGGGCAUUGGCAGGCACGAUCUUCGCAUCGAACGAAGUGUUUUCGAUCUCGUGAUCAUCGAUGAAGCGGCACGUUGCACGCCCAGCGAACUGGCUGUUGCCAUGCAAUCGGGUAAGCGCGUGCUUCUGGUCGGGGAUCACCGGCAGCUGCCUCCUUUGUUUGGCCAUGAGUUGAUGAAGGAAGUACGUUCCCGCAUUGCGGGCGUCACACCACGCGAGCUCAGACGUAGCGACUUCGAGAGAGCCUUUGGGUCAAGUUACGGGAAAGGCGUCGCACGGACGCUCAAGCGGCAGUACCGAAUGGCCCAGGAAAUCAGCGACCUUAUCUCGGAGAAUUUCUAUACGGGUCAAGGCCUGUAUGCAGAACGGCCGACGCCUGAUCAAAUUUACGACCAGUUGCCUGCGCCCUUUGACCACCAGGUGGCCUGGGUCGACACCUCGAGCGGGGGCCAAGAAGGCGAAAGCGGCCAUAGUUUCACCAACCGGCGUGAGGCUCAUACGGUCAUCGAACUGCUGCGUGCGCUCAGCGCCAAGGAGGAAUUUCUGGCCGCGGCUCCGGAGACGCUCGAACUGGAGCCAGAAGAGGCACUCAUCGGGGUUAUUUGCAUGUACGCGCAGCAGGCCAACCUAAUCGAGGAAUUGCUGACCUCGUCGGGCCUGCCAGCCUCCUUCCGUUCGAUGGUGCGCGUCGACACCGUCGAUGCAUAUCAAGGCAAGGAGAACAGGAUCAUCAUCAUUUCACUGGUCCGAAACAAUCCUGACUCCAGCAUGGGUCACGUGCGGAGCGACAAUCGCAUUAACGUCGCUCUAUCUCGCGCGAUGGAUCGCUUGGUGAUUGUGGGAUCGGUGCGGAUGUUCGAGCGAAAGGGCAAUCCGCUUUCGCCAGUUCUCAAAUCCCUGCGGCAGCGCCAGCUGGACGGCCCCGGUCCUCAGUCCGUUUUGAUCGACGAGCUUUCGUUCGCCGUCCGCGCCACCAAGUUCCGCCUCGCGGCGACUUUGAUGAAACGGACGAUUAUCCCGCUCGCAACUGAGUUCGCCCUCCGGUUGAUCCGGCUAAUUCCCGGGGUCACCGCUGAGGAUCUCGCAGCAUUCUUCGGCUUCCGCGAAGCGGAAGUCCGUGUUCUCAUCCAGGACAUGCUAGAGACUUCGCUCGUACUCGAGCGGGACGGUAGAUUCCAGCUGUCCGCCAAGGGACUGGAAGCCGUCUCCCCUCUGGGCGAUGUGGAGUUGUUCGCGGCAGAAGAAGUUUCGGCCCAAAUGGUCCUCGACCUCAUCGCCUUUGCGCCGAUCGAGGAGGCCGAACUCGACAAGGCCUUGAUAAAAUGCGUACCGGAGCUACCACUGCCAGACCGCCAACGCGCGGCAAACGCACUCUCAGAAGCACCGCGCGCAUUUGAAUAUCACUUCCAGGAGUGGACGCAGCGCUUCCGCAAGCGAAGCGACGACAUGCGCUUCCGUUCAGUCGAAGACGUUCAGCAGAUCAGAUCCCUGUCGGUGCCAAUCGCCGUGCCGAUCAAUUACCGGCUUGAUGAGCCGAGCGGGGCAGAAGCCGACUUUUCUGCGCUACGCCAAAUCGGCAUCCCCAACUCGCGUAAUACUCUGAUCGCGAGCCUGAGCGCGGAAAUCCAACGCAUCGGCGCGUCGAACGAUGCCGACUGGUCGUUCAAGACGCUCGCUGAUAUCGACGGCGGCGUCUUUAGCCGACUGGGUCUCGACGACCUAUCUGGUGUCCCAAGCUGGAUCCGCUCAGUCGUGGCAGCAGGAACACCAGACAAUGAUGCCCACACGAUUCCGAUUCUCGGCUCGGUCGUAGGAGAGCGUACCAAAGUAGGCCUUGUCGAAUGGGUGACCCGUUUGGCGAGUCGGAGCAAUCCUGGGCCGCUGUUCUGGCUCCCGCCGCAGCUCGAUCAUUGGGGGCGCAGUGUCGCGUUCGAUUCCCUAGUGCGCGAACUGCGCGGCGUGCUCCCUGACGGGAUAACCUUGCUAAUGCGCACCGAUAAAUCAGAGCUAGAGCGACGGCGGAUUGUUCGGCACUUCGGUCCCUCCGAGGAGCACAUCAGAUUUGACCGCUGCCUCGGCCCAAAGAUUUCUACGCUAGGAGCGCUCGAGAUCGUUGUCCAACCGGGCAGCUUCGCAAUGGCCUUGGUACACUCGGCAGAUCCGCGGACCGGUUACCCGCUUCCGGUUGGCUAUCUCUCCACCGACGCAUUUGUUGUCAAAGAGCUCACUUACUAUCUGGGCGGCCUCCUUCAGGAUAUCGACUCAUCGAGCGUGAUCUGGCGUCGCGCCGCGGAGUCAAAUGAGCACGCCUUUGAUGACAGCAUGGGUUCACUCUGGCCCCGACUGGCCAAAGUUUCGAUAUAA